GUGGACAUAGCCCAGAUACGAGGAGGACGCUCUAGGUUUAUAUUUAAAACCACUCUGAUAAAACCCUAGCAUCUCCUUUCUCUUCUCCUCCAGGCCGCCCUACUAGCCAUUGGAGCUACAGAAAUUCUCUGCAGUCGAGAUCAGAGGUAGUAGAGAUGGCAGAAGAAGCUAAAGUAGCUGCUAUUGUUCCCGAGUCUGUUUUGAAGAAGAGGAAGAGAAAUGACGAGUGGGCUUUGGCCAAGACCCAGGCAACAGCGGCACAGAAGAAGAAGAGUGCCGAGAACAGGAAGAUCAUCUUCAAAAGGGCUGAGCAAUAUGCCAAGGAGUAUAAGGACCAGGAGAGGGAGUUGAUCAGGUUGAAGAGAGAGGCCAAACUUAAGGGUGGCUUUUAUGUCAGCCCAGAGGCCAAGCUGUUAUUCAUUGUCCGCAUUCGUGGUAUUAAUGCCAUGGACCCAAAGACUAGGAAGAUUUUGCAGCUGUUCCGUCUGAGACAGAUCUUCAAUGGCGUGUUCCUCAAGGUCAACAAGGCUACUGUGAACAUGCUCAGGAGAGUUGAGCCCUAUGUGACUUAUGGAUACCCUAAUCUUAAAUCUGUCAAGGAGUUGAUUUUCUAUUGUAAUGUCUAUCAGAUACCCUAAUCUUAAAUCUGUGAAGGAGUUGAUUUACAAGAGGGGGUUUGGCAAGCUAGACAAACAGAGAAUUCCCUUGACCGACAAUGCCAUUGUUGAACAGGGUCUUGGAAAGUUUGGCAUCAUCUGUGUGGAAGAUCUCAUUCACGAGAUCAUGACUGUUGGCCCUCAUUUCAAGGAGGCCAACAACUUCCUGUGGCCAUUCAAGCUUAGCGCUCCAUUGGGCGGGUUGAAGAAGAAGAGGAACCACUAUGUGGAAGGUGGUGAUGCUGGAAACCGUGAGGAUUAUAUCAAUGAGCUCAUCAGGAGGAUGAACUAGACGUUUCUCCUUUUUAUUCUAUUUUUAUUUUCAAGCUUUAGAGGUUGCACAACUUUUGACUAAGCCAUAGCUCCUGGGAUGUUAUGUUAUCAAUCUUUUCUGGAUCAUUGGAUAUUAUGUUACCAAGCGUUUUCUGGUCUCUAUGUUCCGAAUUUAUAUUUGUAGUUGCAAGAGUAAUGUUUGCUCUAGUUUUGUGAGAAUCGAAUCACCAUUCUUGGUAUCAAUAUCAUAUCAGUUCAGUUAAAGCUUUACUUGUCCGCCUUGACCACUGCUUGAAAUGUGGAAGGCUGAUUUGGUAAUAGGACUUGCCGUGGGUUGGGAAUUA